GGUAAUAUAAUAUAUGAACACAUGACAUUCGUAAACUCUUCUUGGUCUUCGUUUUCUUCUUCUUGUUUCGAUGUCUUAUGAGAAGGAGCUUGCAGCUGCUAAGAAAGCCGUCUCUCUCGCUGCUCGUCUCAGCCAGGAAGUGCAGAAGUCUCUCUUGCAAUCAGACGUCCGGUCAAAAUCUGAUAAAAGUCCGGUUACAGCUGCUGAUUAUGGAUCCCAAGCUGUGAUCAGUCAUGUAUUAGAGAAAGAACUUCACCCUGAACCACUAUACUUAGUUGCUGAAGAGAAUGCAGAAGAUCUGCAAAAGAAUGGCGCAGAGGAAUUUCUAGAAAGCAUCACUAAGCUUGUGAACAAUGCUCUAGCUUCUGAUGAUUCCUACACCAACUCUUCUCUUUCCAUGGAAGAUGUAAGGAAGGCGAUAGACCACGGGAGGUCACAAGGUGGUUCCAAUGGUCGUCACUGGAUUCUUGAUCCUGUUGAUGGAACCAGAGGGUUUGUAAAAGGAGAGGAUUACGCUGUGGCAUUGGCUUUGCUUGUGGAAGGCAAAGUAGUGCUCGGUGUCAUGGCUUGCCCGAAACUUGAGAAUCACAAGUCUUCUUCUACAGGAUGCCUUUUCUUUGCUACAGUGGGAGAAGGAGCUUUCGUGCAAUCGCUUGAAGGAGACUCUCAUCCUCCACAGAAGGUGCAAGUGAGCAACAUUGAGAAUCUUGAAGAAGCAACCGUUGUCGAAUCAUCCCACAAACCAAUCCCCAUCCAUAGCUCCAUUGCCAAUAAACUUGGGAUCAAAGCUCCACCUCUAAGAAUCCAUAGUCAAGUGAAGUACGCGGCUCUAGCUCGAGGAGACGCAGAGAUAUACUUACGUUUCACUCUCAAAGGGUACCGUGAGUCCAUAUGGAACCAUGCUGCUGGUGCAAUCAUCACCAUAGAAGCUGGAGGUGUAGUUUGCGAUGCUGAUGGGAAUCCUCUGGACUUCUCGAGAGGAAAUCAUCUUGAACACAAAACAGGGAUCGUGGUCAGCACCCAGAAGCUCAUGCCACGGAUCUUGAAGGCCGUCAGAGAAUCCAUGGAAGAGGAGAUGCUUCUCUCAGAGACACAACUGAAACUGUGAUAUAUGUACUGUCUGAAAUGGGUAUCUGGUGUACUGUCAGAUACUGAAGAAGUUUGUGCUCUAUCAAAGAAGUUGUAUGCUUUUGAAUAAUGGUCUCGAUUUCAA